GUGUGACGGCAACCGCGGCAGCAGCAGCAGCAGGGGAGGACGGAUCAAAGAGAUUGUAGGACACGAUGCAUUUAGCAGCCUAACAUCUCUACGCACACACUGCAGCCGGCAAAAGGAGAACACGCUCAUACUACGCGCAUCUGCACGCAGCCCACCCCACACACACACACACACACACACCACGCGUGUGUGGGGACAGCGCAGAUGAAACAACCACCAAAGGGAGGUGUGGAUCAUUCCAGAAGCGUUUGGUAGGGGAGGGGACAGCCUUGGUGGCCGUAGCCCAGCAGGAGCGGUCGUAGGUGGGCAAGGGUCGGACAGUUUUCUUCAGAGCUCUGGAAACGCCAAAGAUGGACAUGUCCUUCAUCUCCCUCUUCCUCACGGCAGUGUCUGCUUCCUCCGAGCCGCGUCGCUGUCGCCGGGCUUGUCUGUCAGCCGUGUGCGUGUCCGCAGGGGGAUUCGGUAACGUGCGGUGUUGAGAAACGCACACACAGAACACACCUGGAGAUCAGCUGUUCCGAUUCACUGAUACCGCAGUCUCUCUGCUGUGCUGAAGGAUGGAUUCAGGGGAAGACGAGUGCACCCGUUUCCUACAGUACGUGGAGGACAGUGGUCUGAGGGCGUAUGACGAGCUGGUUAUCCAGAACGCCUCCGACAUCGCUCGAGAGAGCGACCGUGUCCGCAACCACACACAAUGGACAUACCUACAGGAGAAAAACCAGAAGAAGAGACGGCAGGAGGAAGCUAUCAAGAGGAUUGGUGAGGAUGUGGCCCGUGCGACAGAAGGAGGGGGAUAUGCAGGCAAACACUUUCGUAUGGGCUUCAUGACGAUGCCGGCCCCUCAGGACCGCGUUCCUCCUCCCUGCGGCCUGGGCUUCACCGUACGCUCACAGUCUCUGCACUCGGUGGGAGGGGGAGAGGAGGAGGGGAGUCCCACCUCACGAAAACAGCCCCCGCCCAAACCCAGACGAGAUCCCAACACCAAACUCAGCACUUCCUCAGAGACCGUCAACACUGGGCUCAGCACAGGGAAGAGCGGGAAGGAAACAGACAAAUGUGACGCAUCUAAAUCCCGCCCCUGCAGUGAGGAGUACCGUCGCAUGCCUCCGCCAAAACCCAAACGCAACCCCAACACGCAGCUCAGCACGUCCUUUGACGAGUCUUACAUUCAAAACCACUGCAGCAAGGUUAAGUCUGCCUCUCUGCCGCGACAACACAAAAAGAAGUCGGCGUCUCAGAAUCAAAGCCCCGCCCCCGCCACUGACGAUGAGGCGGAGCCUGUUUAUAUAGAGAUGGUGGGGAAUAUCUUACGGGACUUCAGUCGAAUUGCCGGAGCUAAUGGCGAUGAAGAGGAUGACCAAGGUGAAAGUGUGUAUGAGGAGAUGAAAUAUCCUGCUUAUGACGAUUUGCCUUCAUCCUUAGACCACGGCCAGUCACGAUGGGAGCAGUGUCCCACUCCUUUGGUGCCGGAGGUAGAACUUACACGACCCACUACUCCACGUGGUUCACUCUGUGACAUUCCCGCCCCGUUCCCGAAUCUGCUUUCCCACCGCCCUCCUCUACUAGUGUUCCCACCUGCACCAGCCCAGUGUUCCCCCAACUCUGACGAAUCUCCUCUUACUCCUCUGGAUGUCACCAAACUGCCCAUGUUGGACAACGUCGGAUAUGUCAAACCUGGUGCAUCCCCAACUAGCGCUGACCCUGGACCACAGCUGGAGGCUCAGCAGGUGUCUGGUAAACACCACCACCACCACCACCAUCAUCAUAAGAAGAAGUCAGCAGAGACUAAGGAGCAACAAACAAUCACAGCAUCAGGACGGUCCUCCGCUCCACCCCUGACAUCUACGCUGUACAAAAGCGGUGGGUCGUCCGCGGCACACGGGUACCCCCGGAGCCACUCCGCCUGCCCGUCCCCCGUCAGUAUGGGUCGUGCGUUAACGCCACUCACCCUGAAGCGCCCCCCGCCGUACGAUGCCCUCAUGACCGGGACGAUUCCUCGCAGCGCUUCCGGAGUUGCACACGGAUCACGUGAAAGCGGGCGGCUCUCGAAUUCCUCUAGUGUGCACGGGGGCUCCAUGCAAAAUGUCUCCACUGCUUCGGGUUCAAGCUCAGGGUCGGGAGGUCGAGGCUGUCGUACACCAACCAGUCCUCUGGAUGAGCUCAGCAACUUGUUCUCUUCCGGACGCAACAUGCUGAAGAAAGGUUCUGGAAGCCGUAAGAACAAAGACUCAGCAGAUGGUGAAAGUAAAGGCAGAAGUGACAGUAGGGACAGAGCCCUUCGUAGCUCUUCUCCGAAAUCACAGGAUUGGGAAACGCCCACAGGACAAUCAGCCACGCCCACAGCCACGCCCAGUCGUCUUGGCCGCUCUUCCGUCAGCCCGACCACCAUGCUUGGGGAAACAAAAGCCGGGUGUAAACUUGGCCGCUCCGCAUCCACGUCAGGAGUCCCGUCCCCUAUGGGAACGCCCCAAAGACACGCCCCCGAUGCCUCCGCCCACCAGUGCGGGACCCCGUUCCAGAUGCCCCCAAUGCCCUGGGCAUGUGGGGACAGCACCAUGAUGGAGAUGAUUGAGAAGAAACGUCACCUGUGCAAGGAGAUCAAAUCCAGACAGAGACCUUCAGACAAAGCCCUGUGCAAACAGGACAGCAUGCCCAUCCUGCCCAGCUGGAAGAAGACCAACGGGGGCAAAAAAUACGGGCCCCCUCCGUACUCCACCCAAACCACUGUCUUCUGGGACACUGCUAUUUAAAGGGUGACCAGCAAACUACGGCCAUGGAGAUGCACAGACUGAGGGGGCGUGUCCAAAUAUUGAUUGACAGCUAGCAGGAAGUAG